AUGUCGGGCGUCUCGCAGCCCAUGGCAUUCUUGGCCCCCGGCGUGCUGGAGGUGACGCCUGCCGUACCAUCUGUCAGCCGAAGCUAUGCUCCACUCUCCGAAAGGAGAGCUGGGGAUGGGUCCUCCAAUGCGGCCUGGGCCAUGUCCGCGUCCUCUGCCAUCGCUGCCGGAGUUGCGGCACUCCGCCGGCGCUCCCUGCGGCGGGCGCAGCGCCAAAGGCUGCCUGCUCCGCUGCGCGUGGCAACCUUGGACAAGCCGGACGUCAUGGAGCGUGAGGAUAUCCGAAACAUUGCGAUCAUCGCCCACGUCGAUCAUGGCAAGACCACGCUGACCAACGCGCUCAUGAAGCAGUGUGGAAUGGAGAAGGUCAAGUCUAUGGACAGCGACCAGCUCGAGCAGGAACGAGGCAUCACCAUCUUAGCAAAGAAUGCCGCAGUGAACUACAAAGGCAUCAAGAUUAACAUCGUGGACACGCCGGGCCACGCCGACUUCGGCGGAGAGGUCGAGCGCAUCCUGAACAUGGCUGAUGGAUGCCUUCUGCUAGUCGAUGCGGCUGAAGGCCCUAUGCCCCAGACAAAGUUCGUACUGAGGCAGGCCCUGAAGCUCGGCAAGAGGAUCAUCGUCUGCAUCAACAAGGUGGACAAGCCUGCAUCCAGGCCAGACUGGGUCUUAGACACUACGUUUGACCUUUUCGGCUGCCUGGGUGCCGAUGACGAAGCUUGUGACUUCCCAGUGGUCUACGCAUCCGGUUUCAAAGGCGUGGCAUCUGUCGAUGGUCCCGAAGACCUCAAAGAGGACUUGACACCUCUUCUGGAUACGAUCCUCGAGGAGACUCCGAAGCCGAAGGUUGACAGCCAGGCUCCCCUUCAGAUGCUGGUCUCCAACCUGGACUACGACGACUACGUCGGGCGCAUAUGCAUUGGCCGCCUGAUCUCUGGGGAGCUGACAGUGGGUCAGGAGAUUGGAAUCAUGUAUGGCGAAGAUGGGGAAGUGCGCAAGGGAAGUGUCACAAAGCUAUGGCACUUCGAGAACAACGACCGAGUACCGAUCGAUGUAGUGAAAGCUGGCGACAUUUGCGCCUUCUCGGGCCUAACCGAAGUGACGAUUGGUGACACAGUGGUGGACCUGGAUGACCCAAAGCCGCUUCCACCUAUCAAGGUGGAGGAGCCAACCGUGGCUAUGGAGUUCGCCGUAAACAAAUCUCCCUUUGCAGCGCAGCUGAAGGAGUCCACAAAGGUCACGGCUGUCCAGAUCAAGGCUCGCCUCGAGAAGGAGUGCCUCACGAACCUGGCUCUCAGGAUGGAGCCCGGAAGCUCGUCUGAGAGCUUCCGUGUGAAGGGCAGAGGGACGCUCCAGCUGGGCAUCCUCAUGGAAAACAUGCGACGUGAGGGCUUCGAGUUCAUGGUCAGCGCGCCCGAGGUGUUGCUGCGUGAAGAUCCGGACACAGGCAAGAAGUUGGAGCCGUACGAGGAAGUUGCCGUGGACGUGCCCUCCGACUACCAGGGAGUCAUCCUGGAGGAGAUGCAAAAGAAGGGCGGCGUGAUGAAGACCAUGGAGUCUGGAGCUGUGGAGAACUCCCUGAUCCUUAGCUUCGAGAUCCCAACGCGAAACACCAUUGGCAUGCCCGGCAAGUUCAUGCAGAGGACCUCAGGCACAGCGGUCAUGAGCUCCCAAUUCUCGCACUGGGGAGCGUUCGAUGGCGGCGCCAUCAGAUUGCGGGACAAGGGCUCUAUCACAACAGGCGCUACUGGCAAGGCCACCUUUUACAGCAUCAACAACUUCCAGCAGCGGGGCACGUUCUUCGUCGAGCCGGCGGAAGAAGUCUACGCAGGGCAGGUCAUCGGCCUGCACAAUAAGGAGACGGAUCUCAACGUCAACAUCACAAAGGAAAAAGCAGUCUCCAAUGUGCGGGCUGCCUCCAGUUCAGCGACAGUUGCGCUCCCUCCCAAGGUGCAGAUGAGCAUCGAUGACUGGCUUGGCCACAUGGACACGGACGAGGUUCUGGAGGUCACACCGGGUCCACUCCGACUGGCCAAGAAGGCGCAGGUCAAGGGAUUGAAGUGA